CUUGGAUUCUUCGUUUGCUGCUUUGAGCGGCCUCCAAUACCACCCCAAUCUCACUCGAAUUUACGAUUGUUGCCAUUCACAGAAAGAAAGAAAAAAGGUGUUGUUACAACUUACAAGCUUAAGCUGGUGGGGACGACUUGGAGUCUCUAGAGAGGAAAAGUAAAAGAAAAAUUAAGAGAGAGAAAGAGAAGAGAGGGUUUGCUUUCAUCAGUUGGAUCUGCAAACGUUGUUUCAGAACUGCUGAUAACGGUUUGGUUUUAGAUGCGGUUUUGUUAUUGGAAGCAGCCGCCGACGCCGACGAAGACGCAGAAUCAGUCUGUCUGUCUGUCGUUUCAUUUCAACUGGGAUUUACGGGAGAAGACCUUCUUCGCUGUUGAUGUAAGUCAAUUCGAUGACAUGUGAGAUUUGUCUCUGACCAUCGGCGACCGGAGUCUCAAGUAUUCAGAUCGGACGUCGGAGUAUACUCCGGCUUGGUUUGGGUUGGAUUAAUCCCCGGACAAAGUGAAGACUUUUGGGUGAAACGGAUGUGGAUGUGGAUGGAUUCUAGAUUUCUGUGAAGAUUUUGUGUGUGUUUUGGUUUGUCUUGAAUCUAUGAUGGAAAACGCCGGCGGCCAAGUUGCUGCUCCAAUUUACAUUCACCAGACGCUUUCGGGCCGGUUUUGUGAUUCGCCGGUCAUGGGGAGGAAGCGCGAUUUCCCUUACCAGGGCCCCAAUUAUCAACACCCCUACUCGCAGCAGCCGCGCUUCACAAACCCCGGCAACGACUGGAAUCCUCACGUUUGGGACUGGGACACUGUCAGAUUUGUUGCCAAGCCGCUGGACUCCAGGAUGAUGCAUCUGGGCACUACUUCCACAACAGAGCAGAGGAACAAAGAGGAAGCUUCUGGGCCUGUGAAGGACACGGCAGAAGAUGAAGAUGACGAGAGCCUUCAGCUGAAUCUCGCCGGUGGUUUCACCUCUGUGGAGGAGCCUGUGCCCAGGCCCAAUAAAAGGGUCCGGUCUGGAUCUCCAGGGAAUGGGAAUGGCAACUACCCUAUGUGCCAAGUUGAUAACUGUAAGGAAGAUCUGUCAAAUGCCAAGGACUACCAUCGCCGACAUAAAGUCUGUGAGGUUCACAGUAAAUCCACCAGAGCCCUUGUUGCCAAGCAGAUGCAGAGAUUCUGCCAGCAGUGCAGCAGGUUUCACCACCUUUCAGAGUUUGAUGAGGGGAAGAGGAGUUGUAGACGGAGACUUGCGGGGCAUAACCGGAGAAGAAGGAAAACCCAACCAGAGGAUGUUACUUCACGGCUCACUCUCCCAGGAGAUGGGGAUAACAAAAUCAUUGGAAAUAGCGAUAUCGUCAACUUGCUAGCUGCUAUAGCUCGUCCUCAAGGGAAAAAUGAUGUCAGAAAUAUCAAUGGCUCAUCAGUGUUGGACAGAGAGCAGCUCCUUCGGGUUCUUAGUAAGAUAAAUUCGUUACCUUUGUCAGCAGACCUUGCUGCCAAGUUGCCUAAUCUUGGAAGUUUGACUAGGAAAGCUUCUGAACUGCUUUCUUUAGAUCUUCAAAACAAAUUGAAUGGAAGGGCAUCUGUAUCAACCAUGGACUUGCUUACUGUACUAUCAGCUACUCUAGCAACAUCUGCUCCUGAAGCUCACGCAAUGUUAUCUCAAAAGUGCAGCCAGAGCAGUGACAGUGAGAAAACUAAGUUGACCUGCUCUGACCAGGCAGCUGAACCCAAUUUGCACAAGAUACCUCCACAAGAGAUUCAUUCAGCCGGGGGAGAGAGAAGUAGCACUAGUUACCAGUCUCCCAUGGAAGAUUCAGACUGCCAAGUUCAAGAAGCUCGAGUUAAUUUACCCUUACAGCUAUUUAGCUCCUCACCUGAGAAUGACAGCCCGCCAAAACUGGCUUCUUCUAGAAAGUAUUUCUCUUCUGACAGUAGUAAUCCCACUGAGGAUAGGUCUCCUUCAUCUUCCCCUCCUGUUGUGCAAACACUGUUUCCACUGAAGAGUUUGGCAGAAAUUGUUAAGUCUGACAAGUUGCCGGUAAGCAAAGAGGGCAGUGGAAACCCUGACACUAGCUGGACUUGUGGCAGUAACAUGCCUUUUGAUCUUUUUAGAGGAUCAAAUAGGGGAGCUGAAGCGAGCUCCAUUCAAAACUUUCCUAACCAACCUGGCUAUACUUCUUCUGGUUCGGACCAUUCACCUUCUAGUUUGAAUUCUGAUGUGCAGGAUCACACCGGAAGGAUAUUAUUUAAGCUCUUUGAUAAAGAUCCAAGUCAUUUACCAGGGACAUUGCGGACACAGAUAUUCAAUUGGCUUUCCAGCAGUCCAUCUGAAAUGGAGAGCUACAUAAGGCCUGGUUGUGUCGUUCUAUCAAUUUAUGUAUCAAUGCCAUCUGCUUCGUGGGAGCAACUUGAAGAAAACCUGGUUCAGCGUGUCAGUUCUUUGGUUGAGAGUUCAGAUUCUGAUUUUUGGAGAAGUGGGAGGUUUUUGGUUAAUACAGGCAGGCAAUUAGCAUCACACAAAGAUGGAAAAAUUCGUACAUGCAAAGCUUGGAGAUCAUGUAGUUCUCCAGAGUUGAUCUCUUUGUCCCCUUUGGCUGUCGUGGGUGGGCAAGAAACCUCUCUUCUGUUAAGGGGUAGAAAUUUGAAUAAUCUUGGCACCAGGAUUCAUUGCACAUAUAUGGGUGGUUACAUGUCAAAGGAAGCUACUGGUUCAGCAUAUCGUGGAAUGACGUAUGAUGAGAUAGACUUAGGUAGUUUCCAAAUUCAUGAUGCAUCUCCUGGUGUUCUUGGUCGCUGUUUCAUAGAGGUGGAAAAUGGUUUUAAGGGCAACAGUUUUCCAGUGAUAAUAGCUGAUGCUACAAUCUGCAGAGAAUUGAAGGUCCUUGAGUCAGUGUUUGAUGCUGAGGCGAAAGUAUGUGAUGUAAUAUCAGUAGCUGGAAGUAAUGAUUAUGGGCGGCCGACAUCAAGGGAUGAAGUCCUACACUUUUUGAAUGAGCUUGGAUGGCUCUUCCAAAGAAAAAGGAUAUGUUCCAUGCUUCAAGAGCCUCAUUAUGCACUCAGCCGUUUCAAAUUUUUACUCACAUUCACUGUCGAGAAAGACUUUUGUGCUUUGGUUGAAACACUUCUAGACAUACUAUUUGAAAGAAAUUUCGACAGUGAUGCGCUGUCGGGAGGAUUGGUUAUGCUGUCAGACAUGCAGCUUCUGAACCGGGCAGUAAAAAGGAGGUGCAGGAAGAUGGUUGACUUGCUCAUUAAUUAUUCUACGGUCAACAGUGACAGUGACAAGCGUUAUAUUUUUCCACCUAAUCUUGCUGGACCUGGUGGCAUGACCCCUCUUCAUUUGGCUGCUUGUAUGUCAAGUACAGAUGACAUGAUUGAUGCUUUGACAAAUGACCCGCUGGAGAUUGGAUUGAACUGCUGGAAGUCUCUUUUGGAUGCUAAUGGGCAGUCUCCGUAUGCUUAUGCUUUGAUGAGGAAUAAUUACUCUUAUAACAACUUGGUGGCUCGAAAGCUUGCUGACAGAAGAAAUAGUCAGAUUACUGUCACAAUUGGAGAUGAGAGAGAUCAACAUCAGAUGAGUAUGGAACUGGAGCACAGGACAAGUACCCAAUUCAGACAAGGUAGUAGAUCGUGUACCAAGUGUGCAAUUGCAGCAACAAAGUACACUAGGAGGGUUCCCGGUGCUCAAGGCUUGCUUCAGCGUCCCUUCAUUCAUUCUAUGCUUGCCAUAGCUGCUGUUUGUGUAUGUGUCUGCUUGUUCUUGAGGGGCUUACCUGAUAUUGGCUUAGUUGCUCCUUUCAAGUGGGAGAAUUUGGGUUACGGCACAAUUUAAUCUUUAUAGGAUAAGUAGUGAUUAAGAAAUAGGAACAAACUGCAGGUCAACGUGCACUUUCCAGAUUAGCUUGAUUGGGAUGAUGCAAUUCUGGAAGAAGGGAGGAUUUUUGCUUUAGCGGCAUUCAA